GCGCAGGUUAGGCAGUUAUUAAAAUCGUAGUACUUGUACUUUACUUCAGUAUUUCAUUUUAAUGCUGCUUUAUACAAAAGGGAAACAUCAUACUUUCAACUCCAAUUACCUGAAAACUUUAACGACGACGAUAUUUCUGCAUUUUACAGUACUUUUACAUUUAAUGCAUCUAAUUUUUACCACUAAAACGUCCAUGUUUUUACAUUGUCAAUGCAUGGCCUAUAAUUCUGAUGGAGUUAAUUGAGGAUGUGAUAUUGUACUUUUAAAAGAAAAUCAAAUAGCUUUGUUCAUUAGAAUAUAGGAUUAUUGUUAAGAAAUUACAAAAUCCACCGGUUUAGAACAUAUUACAGUUGAAGAGCAUUUGUACAAACUCAGCUAAUACCUACGUAGUUUAAAAUUUCAAUCAUAUUUACAUUUAUGGUGCCUUGAACAUUACUCUGCAAGUGUGUCACACUGUUGCAUUUCUAAUAGUGUUUAUGAAGGAUACCCAUAUUUGGUUUUCGACAUUCCUUUUUAUGUCCUCAUUUUAUUUCCAUCCCAUGAUCCAUGAAACCAUAUUGAGUAUGUUGCACAAAAUUCCUAAACCCACACUGUCUCGGUUUCUAAAAUUAGUCUCCUUACGUUCGUCAUCACAGUUUCGACACAGGUAGGUGUAGAAGGGAUGAUCUAAGAUGUGCAGGUAUGGUAGCCUGGGCGGUAUCUAUUUGUUUGGACUGGGAGCAUACAAAAAAAAACGGCAGUCUUCUGGAUGACUCAGAUUUCUUUUUUUUUUCUGGUAACCCAUGAUGGUUACAACCAAAAUGAUCCACUCAGAAUCAUCACUGUAACCACAACAACAUCUCUGUAUAGCUUUUGAUCAUUUUUAACCAAAGACUGCUGAUGCUAUUUCAUUUUCUCCUGGACACUGAGGUUCAUCCACUGUGGUGUGUAAAGUAAAAACUCCUCUGAGCUCCUCAGCAGGUCUAAGAUGGAAAAAGAGAGGGAAACAUACGUAUAGGACAAGUCCAGUCUGGUCUUGAGGUUCCUCCCUCCUGUGUACUCCCCUAUUGGAGCUGAGCCCCACCCCACACCUCACAUUCCUCUACAAAUACCCCAUCUUAUCACACAGCGUCUGCACAACACUUUUACAUCAGAAAACAGCAUCUUAAAAACAACGCAUAGGCAGGAAGAAAGGAAGAAUCUCAAGAAACACCCAAUUUUUUAAACUUACCCAUCAAUUUCAGGGGACACCAAAUAAAAGAAUGGGAUCUGUCGGAGUUCAGAUUGUAUGCGUGGCCCUAGGGGUCCUCGGCCUGAUCGGGGCCAUUGUAUGCUGCGCUGUCCCACGCUGGAAAGUGUCCUCCUUCACAGGAUCCAACAUCGUGACUGCACAGAGCACACAGGACGGCCUGUGGAUGAGUUGUGUGAUGCAGAGUACCGGCCAGCAGCAGUGCAAGAGCUACGACUCCCUGCUGGUGUUGCCCUCUGACCUGCAGGCUGCCCGCGCCAUGACCAUCAUCAGCUGCCUGCUCAGUGGCCUCAGCAUACUCAUCCUCUUCUGCGGAGCCGACUUCACCACCUGCAUAGAGAAUGAAGAUGCCAAGCCCAAGAUCAGCCUGGUGGCCGGGGUGGGCAUGCUGCUGGCAGGCCUCUUGGUGCUCAUCGCUGUCAGCUGGUCCGCCCACAAUGUCAUACGAGAAUUCAACAACCCCUUGGUGGCAGCUUCCCAGAAGAGGGAGCUGGGAGCGUGCAUCUUUGUGGGUUGGGGCUCCGGCGUGCUGCUCCUCCUGGCUGGAGGUCUGCUUUGCUGCUUCAGCAGGCCCAGAUCUGGCAGCUCCGGAGGAACCGCCAAGUACUACAGCAACAGCGCCUCUGGAGCCAAUAAAAACUACGUGUAGUGGCUUAAUGAAGGGGACUGGUGUUUGACAGAAAAGAUGGGAGGGUGAUUUAGUAGGUCAAACAGUAGGGUGCAAGACAGUAUAUGACACCAGGGGUAGUUUUGGGGAAAACAGAAAAAGUCUCUGUAAAUAUUCUGAUAAUAAAAAGUCUGCAUUUUUUAUUUCUAGAUAUGCUGGUGAUGUUUUAAAUCUUAAAGCAGUUUUAUUAUGAGGUGUUGGGUUAUGCAUAAGCUUUUUAAAAGUAAAAAAAUGGUAACAUGCAUUAUUACAAACAAUUUAUGAUCUUAGAGUUAUUUUUCUAAAUCUGGGUUGCUGCUUUGACAUAUACAGUAUCAUCUGUGAUACCGUAGCUGCAAAACAGUUGCAUUUUCCUUAAUUUUCUUGAAAUAUUUGACUUCAAAAGUGCCUUUAAAACAAUCACACAAGUAGUUAUAAUAAAAAUACUUUAAUAAUCUAAGAUCACACCUCAACAUUUAAACUAUAAAAGGGCAGUGUGGUCCUUUUAGACACACUAGUGCCUCAUAUUUUACAUAGUUGGAUCAGCCAUUCUGUCUAUAUUUAAUGUUUAGUCACUUGUCUUUUUUUUUUCAUCAGUCUUUGCUGUUUCUAUUAUUCAGAGUAAGAAAAAUUGUCUUUGGCCAAAGGCACCUCAGCAGGCCUCAGGGAACAUCUGAGUGCACUUGAUUGUCUGAUGACACGCACUGAAAGAUCCACAAUACAUUCCAAACAUUUUCUGUAAUAUUUGUUAUUGCUAAUUUUGUUUUUAUUUUGUUGUAUCAUGAUGAGCAUUAAAUUCUGGUCUAUUUCAAA